AUGCGCUCCACCGCAUCCGGGCGCAUGUCGCCAUCCGUCCUCUUUCUCCUCGCUGUUUUUACAAUAAUAGGGAUCUCGCGGGUAGCGGCACAGGAUCUACCAACUUUGACCAUCUCAACUGAUAAUUCUAUCCCUACUGCAUCAGGGCCUGCAUCAGAUUCAGACGCGUCAACUGAAGACACAGCUUCCAAUACUCUUCCACCACUUACAUCCCUCGCUGGGUCGUCUGUGGAAACAACCGGCACACCACCGAGCCUCUCAACCACAACCGACAACCCAGGCCUUCCCAAACUUACCGAUCUUCCUACCCUCUCUGGGCAAUAUAGUUAUCCUCCUCCGUCAGUGCCACCAACGGCAAAAGCACCAUAUAUGCAACAUUCCAACCUUCCAGAAGGUACUGUCUUCAUCGCUGUUGGCGCUGCACUAGGAUUUUUCGCUCUUGUUAUCAUUGCAUGGAGAGGCUUAGUAGCAUGGUCAAUCAACCGUUCAGUCCGUCGCUCCGCCAGCAAAGGCUAUACCGCAGUGGGAGACUCGUACGAUAAAAGUGACAAGAGGAAGUCUGGUCUAUACGGUUCAGCCGCAGCCAUGGGGUCCACAAUGUCUCUAGAAAAGCUGGUGUCGACCAGUCGAACAGGUACUGCUGGCUCAAAGCCUAGAGAGAACAGCAAUCUCUUCUUCUCACCAACGGCUGGGGCGGGUAUGCAGACACCUGGCAGCCGAAACUCUGGCUAUCUUCCUUCCGGUUACUAUGCCUCCACGAAUGCAGCACCUGGAGGUGGGGCAGGCAUGACAACUCUUGGAGAGCCUGGCGACCGAGCUUCCAGACUGAGGCCACAUUCGGGAAUUCAUGCUUCACCGAGACACCUGGAUCCUAGUCCACCAGAAUCUCCAGAUGUUCGGCCAUCGACUGCAGGGCUCAGCGCUGGUGAUUCGAGGAGUAGCCUCAAUCUAUCGACUACAACCGGAAACAGAGCGCCGAGCACUUAUCUGGAUGAUCUGAUGAAUGUCCCUCCUAUGCCUCAGCACACAAAUUUAUCCGGGCGGCCGAAGAGGGAGAGUACGGGGAGGGGGUCCUAUAGAGAUUGA